AUGGAACCCCUCAGAAUCGCCGUAGCAGGCCUCGGCCGCAUGGGCCGCCGCCAUGUUCAAAACCUCAUCUACCGCGUCCCUCGCGCUUCUGUUGUCGCCGUCUGCAGCACUGAACCCCACGAGCUGGAGUGGGCAAAUGCCUUUGAGGAGUACAAGGAAUUCAAUGUCAAGGUUUACAGCUCCUACGAUGAGAUGCUCAAGCACCCCGGCCUCCAGGCCGUGUGGAUCUCAACCAGUACCGACGUCCAUGCCAUCCAGACCUUGGGCGCCAUCAAGGCCGGAAAGCACGUCCUGUGUGAGAAGCCACUGAGUACAAAGAUGGAAGAGAUCGCCGAGGUCGUAGCCGCGGCCAAGGCUCACCCUGAACUCAAGGUCAUGGCCGGCUUCUCCCGCCGCUUCGACGCCUCGUACCGCGACGCGGCGACCAAGAUCUUUGACAAAAACGCCAUCGGGAGCCCUUUCAUCGUGCGCUCAAACACGUGCGACCUCCUCGACGACACGGGCUUCUUUGUCCGCUACGCGCCCCGUAACGGCGGCAUCUUCGUCGAUUGCGCCAUCCACGACAUCGACCUGUCACUGUGGUACCUCUCCGACCCGGUGCCCAAGGCGUGCUGGGCGACCGGCACGCUGCAGCACCAUCCGGAGCUCGCGCAGAUGAACGAUGUCGACAACGGCGUCGGCGUCGUCGAGUUCUGGGGCGGCAAGAUCGCCUACUUUUACUGCUCGCGCACCCAGGCCCACGGGCACGACGUCUGCACGGAGGUCACGGGCACUCAUGGUAAGGUGUCGGUUAACGUCGUCCCGAGGGCGAACAAUGUCGUCCUGGCGGAUAAGUUGGGCAUUCGGAACGAGGUGCAGCCGGAGUACUGGCAGCGGUUCGAGGACGCGUUCGCGCUUGAGGCGAAUGAGUUUACUGAGGCGGUGUUGAAGAACAAGCCGGUUCCGCUGCCUAUCGAGAAGGGCGUUAAGGUUAUGGAGAUUGGGAGGGCUCUUCAGGAUGCAUUGUUGACAGGUGAGGUCCAGAGAUUCAAUGAGAAGGGUGAGCGGGUGUAA